AUGGUCGAGCUGCGGUUGUUGAGGCGUGGUCGAGCUCCGAUCGCGUCCGUCCCACCACCACCACCACCACCACCACCGGCGGCGACGACGAUGUGCACGACUGGCAGUUCAUCGCACCACGACGCCAGGGACUCGAAGCCUAACAACUCACUGGACUAUCCCGAACGUACUUCGAGUCAUUAUCGACUUUCACCGUCACCUACACCUGAUCAUACGGGCAAUGUAGGAGGUGCUGCGGUGUUGGUGACGACCACAACCACGAUGACCACAAACACCUCGGCGAAUGGGCCUCCCCACCAGUUCACCUCGCGUCGCUCAACCUCAACUUCCACUGCUCCCGUAGCACCGUACGCGACUGGCCCGAAAGAGUCACCGAGGACGAGGAUCAUCAAGAAGCUUAUUCAGCAAAUCACAAGUCAGGUCAGUGCCUGUGAUUGGGGUGGACGGGGGAUGGCCGUACCCUCUGGGAAGUGCUCCCAGCUUCGACCGAAAUGGGGUCAGUGCUCCCUCACCGGUCCGCGUCGGCUCCGCGACAAGUCCGGGAGAGUGCCUGGAUAGGGGCGUAGAUCUGGGAGAGCGGGACUCUGCCAAAGAAAGAGUUUUUCACCAGAGGAGAGCCGUCUGACUCGACCUGCUGCUCUCCUGACACAGCUCCCAUCACAUUCGACCAGUCGACAUCCGACCGGGUCGGGAUAUCCGAGCGUCGGACAAAGGGUCACCCGGGAGGCAACGAAAGGACUGGAGGGGGUGUGCAAGAGUCCAGGUGCCAUUCAAGAGGUUCUAACAGGACUGUUAAGGGAACUCGAACGACCAGCAGGGAGUGGGAGAGGCGAUGGCGUAAGCUGGGUUUAUCACAGAAGCCUUUUCCUAAGCUGAUCAAAAGUUUGGUUUGACUCGCAGGCACGAAAUAUGUCGUCGGCGCCCUCGGCUCCGUUGCUCUCAUCGCUCAAUGUGCUGAGGUCGCAUUGCGAGCUAUUGAGGGUCACCACAAGCUGUCUUCUCGCUCAUUGGUGGUCGCAUGUUCAAAGAUCUUCAACAAGCACCGAACCGGUGCUCGAUCCUCCAGCCCUCGAUGAAAACCUGGCUCGGUCCCUGUUGAACGUUGUCGUUCCCACGGGAGCAUUUGUUCCCUCCUCGAUCUCUAUGUUGUCGGCGUCGCCUUCAUGUACUUCUUCUCUCGUCUCUCGUGUCUUUCGAUCCCUCGACUCGACGUCGUCAUCCCAGGUCGCGGACUUGAUCGACUCGCCCUUCUCGUCCUCUGAAACGCGCGAGGACCUGCGCUCCGACAUCCACCAUUACGCCGCUCUGGUGGUAUACUUUCUGUCGGCUUCGAACUGGACCCUGAUACAGAAUCUUCUCCGGCAAAGACUGGCGAGUCACUCCGGUCCCGGCGCAACUCCUAAUGAGCUGCCUUCGUCGAACGGGACCGCGAUGGAGUUCGAGGCUCAUGAUCUGAGGAUGUUGGAAAGUUGUUGCAUGAGCCGAAGUCGGCUGUCGGCUAUCUUUCAAGGUGAGCCCGGAGUUGAGGUUUUUUAUGUUUUUUGUUUUGGAAUGUCACGCCGAAACUGACGUCUCACUCCAUCGCUCGCAGACGUCUUCAAUGCCUUUCUUCACCUGCGCAAGCCUGCUCAGCUCGUUAUAGUCCUCGCUCUGCGGUCCUCGGUGUGGUCCUGGAUCACUUCUCGCCCCGAAGAAUAUCGGGCGAUGGUCCAGCUCGGUCGAAGACUCGAAGGUGGUUGCGAUAUGCUCUUCGAUCUGCUUUGGGCCCAAUCGGCAAUUCUCGUCCCCGACCCAUCUUCGAGCGCUGCGCUAUCAGCAUCAGCUUCGACGCCGACAAGCCAGAACCUAACACGACGGAUGAGCCCGACACCUACCAGCUCGUGGCCGACGAUGAUGAUGCUCUUGCUCUGCUGUCCCGACAUCGUGCAACAGCUGACAAAUGACGAGGACGCUGUGGCAACGGACAAGCCUUCGGGCGGAUACAGCAAGAAGAAGCAGUUCCUCGACGCCAUCAAGGCCGCGUUAUCGAAUUCGACAGGAGGGAGCAGCGAGUAUGCCCAGAAUGCGUGUGUUGAUCUAUUGAUGGCAUCGCAUCAGAUCGUCGAGCCAUCGAGCUCGAUUGCGGCCCUUGCGAGUGACUGUGCCAAGGUAUUCAUGACCAGCUUGAUGCAGGCCGUCAGCGAGUCCCCGAUCCAGAGAGCUACUUUGACGAGAUGCCUCGUUGCUAUCGCCAAAGUCCAGGUAAUGGACGAAGGCGAUCUCGUCAAAUUAUUCAGUCGUCUCAUGGAAACUGACUCGGCGCUCGCUCACCAACUCGGCACCGUCAACGCUUUGCUGAUCCUGUUCAGCGAUCACGGUUCCACCGAGUCGUGGUCGACGAUUUCGAAAUCGUUGUGCACCCUGUUCUCUUACGCGACUCGACUCCCCAGGCCGAUCCGACGAGCACGACAAGGCAGCGCGGGAGCGAUCUACACUGACCCUUCGACCGUGGCAGAGGACGCUUCACCAGUGUUGAUUCGCUCGAUGCUGGUUCUGUGGAGUAAAGCGCCCCAUCUCUUGAUCGCCGAUGCAGAAAUCACGCUCGUCGCGGUCGCAGAACUCGCACGCGAUCUGUUGGACGAAACGAUCGAUCGACUUGCGUUCGGGGUGAUUCUGGCGUGUUUCCAAUCGUUCGGGCAGCGAACCGGAACAGAGGACGAUACUGUCGACUGGUCUGAACUAGGCAAGAUCGUCGCGCAUCGUAUCUUGGAAGCCGAUGACGCGACAAUGUGUCAUUGUUUAUUGCUGCGCGUCAUGCUCGAGAUCAUCAAGCAGCCCCUUUCGAAGAAGGUGGGCGGUACUUGGAAGUGGUCGGAGGCAUUUUGGAAUGCGCUCGAGGCGAGUCUGCUCGUCUCGGCUCUGUCGCCCUCGGAUGAGACCAGCGAACUCGCACUUGAAUGUGCGCGCCAGGUCCUGCUUGUUCAUGGCGCAGCAGUCCCUUCUCGCUCGGUCGUCAAGCCGCUCGGACAGGCGAGGGACCUGUCGUCCAAGUCCGACACGUUGCGGCACCUCAAGCUCUACAUCCAGGAUCUGGACGAGGCGUCGAUGGGUCUCCUCAUCGCAUGGGACGAGCUGACUCGAAGAGCAGGCGACCUUGCCGCGAGCCAUAUCUUCCAUUCCCACCACACGUCACCUACUUCCUACGAAGGGUCGCCAAAUAUGGCCGCGUCCCUCGAACUGAACCACUGGUCGUCGUUGACGGGGUUGCUGCUGGUCAUGAGUUGGGUGUGUACGCGCAUGGCCGGAUCUGACGAAGGUAGCACGGGCCUCGUUGACUCUCGAAUGGCUCGACGCAACGAACGAGCAAGACAGGCCAACGCGAUCGUUUACGACCUAGUGGAACAAUCUGUUGUCGACGAUCCUAUCGUCCGAACUCAUGCAACAGAGCUGCUUGCGAACAACCUAGACGUACGACGAUUGGCGGGCUUCGUGAUGCAGCUCAAAAAGUCGGCACAGCGAUUGUCGACGACGGAUCAGCCCGACUCCGACUUGGAGGACGGUGUCUUUUCGAACAUGCUCUUCAUCACUCAGUCGCUCGUCAUUUUGCAAGCUCUCGUUACUCGAGUCGAUUCAAGUGGCCUUCAUCGGGACGUGUAUGCGCCAAUGGUCGAGGUCGUCGUCGUUUUCGCCGAAUUCAUCAGCACUUUAUCCAUCCAGGACGAGCGACUACGCCUACAAAGCAAGCUGUCGACGCUCUGCGAAAACGUGCAGACCAAGUCGGGUGAGCUCGACGAGAUCUCGGCACCAAAGCGAAUCAAGCUUGUGGAGUACCUCUAUCGCUGGAUCUCCGUCACCGACGAUAGAGCGGGCCAGCGCGCUUUCUCGGCCCUCCUCAAGGGACUCAAGCUACAAGCACCCGAUGGUACACCCGAUCGAGCCGUCUUCAACCGGUACUUCGAUCACUUCACCCGAGUGUUGACCGGUAUGGCCGGCGUCGAAGUGGAGUCUAGGAUUGCGGGCGACCUCAACCGGACCAAAGCGGCGCUGAUGGAGGGAUUUGCUGCGCUCCUGGCGUCGAAUCAGAAGAUGGCGAUGGCAACUAGAAGGAUCUCCGAAAUGACGUGCUCCAAAUUGCAAGACCCGCUCCGACACAUCUAUAUUGAGGUGCUCACACUCUUGUUAGCCCAGGGUGUCAAGUUUGACAUCGAUAAUGGUGCUUCAUCGACGGAUAGUGCCUACCGUCAGAUCUCCCAGCUCAUCCGACACAGUCCUUCCUCUUUGGCUCUGGCGUUGUGCGAAGUGUGCCCACCUGCCAAGUACGACAAUCUUAUCGAGGUCUUGCUGCGUAUCAUGUCGACUCCGUCUGCGACAGUCCGCUUCCUACGUGCCGUUAUCGCGGCAGAGGUCUCAGCGACCGAUCACGAGUCGACCUUGUUCCGAGGCAAUACUUUCGCUUCGAGGCUCUUGACGAUCUAUUCCAAGGUCCAGGGGUAUCGUUAUCUUCGGGAGACGCUCCGUGAAUUGCUGCUAGCGAUUUGCUCGAAGCCACCCGAGUUCAACUUGGUGAGUGCGCUGCAGAGUGCGACGCACCGAGAGUUGCCAGGCUGACUUUUGUGCGGGCCAUUUCACAGGAUUUCGACCCUCAUCGAGACUCCAGCGACGAGGAUGUCGCUUCGCGCAACUUGAUCCAAGUCACCGAGGCCUUCCUCGUCCGCAUCGCCCAAUCGGCCGACGCAGCGCCGGACACGAUUCGAGAAAUUUGCGCGCUCAUCGCCGAGGCCGUCGGAGCGCGCUUCCCCGAAUCCGUCUUUACCGCCAUUGGAGGCUUCAUCUUUCUACGUCUCAUCAACCCUGCCAUUGUGUCACCCGAAAUGAUCGACCUCGACCUCGUCGACCAGGCCGCUGGCACCGACGCACGGGAGGUCCGCAAGGGCUUGGUAUCGGUUAGCAAGAUCUUGCAGGCGCUCGCCAACAAUGUCCGCUUCGGAGCCAAAGAGCCCGGAAUGCGCGCCAUCAACCCCUUCAUGGAUCGCAACAUCUUCACCAUGACAAGCUUCCUCUCGUCCAUGUCGCGUCCACCGAGUGCACAGCGGAUCGAGACCCUCGACACGGCCAAUCAAGAUCGACUGAGCCCUGCGAAUCUGGCGUUCUUGCAUUCGUUCCUCGUCGAUAAUUGCAGCAAGAUCGGAUCAAAAUUACUCAACUACCCCGACUGCGAUGCAAACGAUCUUUGGGAGACGUUGACGGGCCUCAUUGCGGCUUUGGCUCCGGUCAAACAGGCCGAAUUGGACCUGUGUCGACCUGGCGAACGGACAAACGAGACGCUGGCGUCCUUUAUGGCACAGAAUGCGUUCCGGAUCAAUCAAAACGAAGCGAACAAGUGGUCAGAGGUCUUCUAUCGUUCUCCUGUGACGGCUCAUCCGAGGGCGGCUCUUUUCGUCUACUGUCCCAGGAGGAUCGACGCUGAGACGGUUGAUGUCGAAGGCCUCACAUUUUGGGCCCUGCACUGCCUCACGACCUUUGAGACGGAGCAUUGGGAUAUCCUCAUCGACCUGACGGGGAUUUCGAAUGAUAACAUCCUCAGCCCUGCUCACAUGCAGCGCUUUCUCCGCUUCGUGCCGGAACCGAUCGUCAAACGUCUCUCGCAAGCGGUGCUGUUCUCGCCUAAUUUUUGUGCCCAGGCCUACCUGCGCCGGGUGGAGACUCGAAUGGGCUCAUUCGAUGUACGAAUGGUCGUGGCAUGUUACCACUUGGAGGAUUUGGCCCGCUUUCUUCCUACUUCGGCCCUUCCAGCUUCGACUUUGGCGCUCGCAAGGGAGCCUCGAGUCACUUAUAAUCGCAUCACGCUCAAGCAUCCCGUGAGGGUCGAAGUCCCCGUCUUGCUCCAACUCGGUUCGACUGCCGCCUAUCUCACCACCGUCAAACCCCAUCCGAUCGCGUGGGACCUCACUUCAGUGUUCUGCGAAAUGGCGCCGUUCGACAUGAUCGACGAUGUGCGAUUGAUGAACACGAACCGGUACGGCGAUGAGAUCAUGGUUCGCAUGCGAGAUGGGGACGGGGACAAGUCAUGGACGCUACUCAUCGAAUCGGAGGCUGCCGAGAUCCUUGAAGAGCUUCGGGCUCGGUGUACUGCCUCGUCCACCAAGGCACUACUCGUAACUCAAGCCAUCUCCAGCAUGCGCAGCAAUCGUUCCCCUCUCGCUUGUAUCUCAACUCUGGCUAUGGUGUCCUGCACCUCGCCAGAUGCAGAACUUCGAGCGGAUGGAUACAGGCUCGCUCGAGCUCUAGGCAAGGCGCUUGGCGCCUUCGAAGGCAUGUCGGAUUUGUCGAGUGAGUACUGGCUUGAAAUCUUUGCGUUUCAUAUGAUAUUCACUAGCUGAUGCCUUCAUUAUGUUCAGGCUCCUACCUACCCUCAGGAGACCUUGUGCACCUUUCGUCCCUGAGCGAAACCCUAUCGGCAGUGAUGCCUCCGCAACUCGCCCUUGAUGUCGUUGAAGGACUGGUUGAAGUUAUUGCGAGGACAGGGCGUUCGCUCACCCAAGCAAUCGGAUCGAUCUACGCCCUUCGUUCGUGGCUACAUCAUCUCCCUAGCGCGUUGCUCGUACCGACCGAGCAGAUCUCCAAAGUCCGCCUUCGACUACGGCACAUCUUCCGCACGCUGCUGCGCAAAUCGGUCGAGGAUCCUCACCUGGGCGCCGCGCUGACGGCCAGGUUCUGGCCCGCCAUGGGGAGGCUUGAAGCGGUGCAUGAUCUCGUUCUCGACCAGGCGUUGGAUCUUGUACCCCGAGAAGACUUGAGUGCUAGCGAAGCUGCCGCGGCGAAGUAUGGGGACGUGCUUGCCACCUUAGCUGCAAGUCCUUCAUUCAGGGGCCGAGUCCUGGGGCGAAUUCGACGAGCUUUGGCUGAGAAAGCCGCCGCAGUGACCACAGCUGUGCCGUCCACCCCGCCGAACGCGGCCCAGACUAAGCAAGACCUUCUGAUCGCCGUCGCAUUGCGCUUCGACCUGUCGCUAUCGUUCGAGGCGAAAGUUUCGACGCAGAUCCUCUUACCCGAGAUCGUACACAUCGUCAUGUGUUUGGCCGGCGAAGGCUCGAUCUCGCACCGGCAGACGCUCCGACAGCUCAUACAGAACACCAUCUCGAGCCUAGCCCUCGACGAACAGGCCGAUCGCAAGCGACUGUCGGACCUGAGCAAAGCGUUUGAAAGCGAGGCCGUGCUCGAGCUGAUGGGCCUUCGGUCACGAGGGGCGGGCGCUGUGGCGGAUUGGGACGUCUUGCGCCACGGCGAAAGAUUGGCGACAGCAUUGGGCGAGAUCAUCGAGGCUGGUGCGCCGGGCACGGACACUGAGAACGCGUGGCGGACUCGAUGGGCGAGUCUUACGUCGACGCUCUGCUUCCAGUACGACGCGGCUCUCCAGGGUCGUGCGGUCGCCACGCUGUCGUACCUCGGUUCAACGGCUCUCGACGAUGAUGUCGUCUUCCAGCUCCUCACUACCCUCUCCAAUGCGAUUCGUUCGCCUGAUGGAGUUGAGCUUGCGGUUUUACUGACACGCUGUCUAUCCAAGACGCUUCAGUCCGAGUCCAAGUUUUUGCUCGCCACAACCGAAACCGGCAUGGCGUUACUUCUCGCCCGACCCUCGCUCGUGAGCCGGCCCGCCGUGGCGCUUUUGGCCGUGGCGAUCGAAAAGCUGCAGAUCAGCGGGGCGUUCAUUGACACCGGGGCACUUGAGAUGCUGGGUGAGCUGUGGCUCGCUCACGAUGUCCAAUCGAUGCCCGCACAGAUAGGCGUCAGCUUUGAACUUGAUCUGGGCUUUGCUCUCGCUUCUUUGCUCGCUCGGCUUUCGAUGGACGCCAAGACGGCUUCGGACGCGACGUACUGUUUGUUGUCAAUCAUUCAUCACUCUCAUCCAUUGGUCGAGGAUAAUCAGGAGGUGCCAAAGCAACUGUCUCGCUGGCUGGGACCUUUCAUCGCGUUGCUUCCAACUAUGGUCGACCAAGGUCGCCUGCCCGAGCUCCUGUCUGCGGCACGCAUCGACACACCGCCGGGAGUCUCGAACAUGCCUGCUAUCGCAGCAAAGCUAGAGAUCCCUGACCAAAAUGCCGUGAGCAUGUAUGCAAAGGUCUUCUAUCAGCUCGCUUUUGCUGAUCCUUACUGUCAUCUUUCUCAGGCCUUGAUGUGCCUCGCUUUGUCCACGCGGUUGCUCGAAGACAUGACGGCUUCCGAUGCGGCGGCAGCCGCCCUCUUCCAUGUCAUUGCUCGGACUCUGACACUAUAUCCGGAUCUUGAAAGCUUAUUGUGAGUGCACUCGACGCAUCUUGUGUCACGAGACUGCCUGCUCAAUUUUUCGAUCAAUCUUUUACUCGGCAAGCAGUUCGGAGACCCUUGCUCGCACCCUCGACACUUACCUCUCCCGGCUCGGCUCCGACCCGCUCUUGUACGACGCGAUGAACUCGAUCCCAUCGGGACCUACCGCUUCCAACUUUUCCGAUGCCGUCUUGCUUGAUCAACUGAAUCGUCUCGGCUUCGGUUCGCUCGCCCCUACCUUCAAGGCUGCGCGAGGUCGUUACUCGAUCGACGGAGGUGGGAAUGACUGGACCUCAACGACGGACGAGGAUGUUGCUCAAGGUCUUAUCUCGGACCAAGACCGAGCCAAUCUAAUUUCAACCAUCAUCACUCAAGCUUUGGCUGCUUAA